AUGCGUCGCGGGAACAACGGACAUCCGCGUUUGAGACGUCCCGAAGAAAGGUCGCGCUGUGGGGGAACGGGGAUCACGGACGGCUGGGGCUGGGGAGCAAAGCGGGGGAGAGCAGCAGGGAGAACGGGAAAGGCGGAGGGUGGUGGGGAUGGGGGAGAGUUGGGAGGGAAAAUGGCGGAGCGGAAGCGGAUAGCAAUGAGGAUGGUGUACAGCACAGGUCUCAACGACCAAGGGCAGCUGGGGCUGGGUGACUCAAACUCUCCACCGUACGUCUCUUCGCCCAAAGAGGUGGUCGGCUUCGAUCGGCCUGUAGUGGCCAUUGCAGCUGCUGCCUUCCACUCAGCAGCCAUAGAUGAGGCCGGCCAAAUGUAUUUGUGGGGCGGCAAUGCCGCCCGCCAGCUUGGACUCGGCUCACGCGCCCCAUCCAAGGUGCAUUCGCCGCGUGUGCCUGAGGCGCUGGUGGGAGUGCGCAUUCAACACAUGGCCCUGGGGGGACAGCACACCCUCGCUGUUACAGCCGACGGGCAGCUGCUGUCAUGGGGAAAGGGCCUGCUGGGCCACGGUCCCCUGCCGCUCUUCUCCCGCCUCUCCAGGAAAUCCAGUGAGUCCAUCCCUCGGCUCGUUAAGGCCAUGGCAAGCACCAAGGUCGUUCAUGUAGCAGCAGGCUUGAUGCACUCGGCAUGUGUUGACGACAGCGGCCGCCUCUUCAUGUUUGGAGGCAACAGAUUCUCUCAGCUGGGGCUGGGGGAUGAGAAGGAUCGGGAGGAACCAGUGGAGCUGACAUCUCUGCAGCAUGCUGUAACGGAUGUGGCAUGUGGUGGUUACCACACUGCUGCUGUCACAGGCGCGGGUCACCUAUUCACAUGGGGAGCGAACGAGUAUGGCUGCCUUGGCCACGGCCCUCGCCAUGCACCCUCAUCAGCAGUCCCAGUGAGGGUGGCAGGCAGUUUGGCAGGGAAGCAGGUGCUUCAGGUGUCAUGUGGAUGGAAGCACACUGCUGCUAUUGCUAGUGGUGCUGAUGAGGGUGAAGGGCAAUCAUUGCGGGCGGCAACGGUCGGCAAGCUGUACACAUGGGGUUGGGGCGGUUCCCAAGGAUCGCAUGCAGUGGAAUCAAGGUCCACAGGAGGCCAAUUGUUCUCCCGCGGAUCCAAGGACCGCGCGCAGACCACCCCCGCGUUCGAAUCCUUUAAGAACAACUACCUGCUCGUGUACUGCCUCAUGAUGGCGGGCGAUUGGCUGCAGGGGCCGUACGUGUACGCGCUGUACCAGCACUACGGGUACGACAAGGGCGACAUCGGCCGCCUCUUCAUCGCUGGAUUCGGGUCCUCCAUGGUCUUUGGCACCAUCGUGGGGUCGCUGGCAGACCGCCAUGGGCGUCGCCUGGCCUGCGUGCUCUACUGCAUUACAUACAUCCUGAGCUGUCUCACCAAGCACUUCCCGGCCUUCUCCAUCCUCGUGCUGGGUCGUGUGCUGGGCGGCAUAGCCACCUCGCUGCUCUUCUCCUCCUUUGAGUCCUGGCUCGUCGCUGAGCACUUUGCUCGGGGUUUUGAGCCGCCCUGGUUGUCGAUCACAUUCUCCAAAGCCAUCUUCCUGGGAAAUGGGCUCGUGGCGAUACUUUCAGGCCUGGUGGCCAACGUGCUGGUAACAGACCUCAACCUUGGCCCAGUAGCGCCCUUUGAUGCCGCAUCAGUGCUACUAGCAGGGGGAAUGGCGGUGAUAGUGGGCACGUGGAGUGAGAACUACGGGGACUCUGACCAGUCGCACGGGCUGCUGCUGCAGUUCCAACUCGCCUACCAUGCCAUCGCCUCAGAUGAGAAGAUUGCCAUUCUAGGAGCCAUCCAGUCGCUCUUCGAGGCCAGCAUGUACACGUUCGUGUUCCUCUGGACGCCAGCGCUCGCCCCUUCACAGCAGGCCAUACCGCACGGCUUCAUCUUCUCGCUCUUCAUGCUCGCAUCCAUGCUCGGCUCCUCCCUGGCCUCCCGCCUCAUGGGCCGUGCGGGGCUGAAGGUCGAGGUCUACAUGCAGGCUGUCUUCGCCAUCUCCUCGCUCUCGCUGCUCCUUCCGUGCAUCGUCAAUUGGUUCUUGGAGCCCCACCCGCCUCCAGGGGGUGGCAUCACAGCAGGAGGCCGCGUGCAGCUAGCGGGGUUCUGUGUGUUUGAGGCGUGUGUGGGCGUGUUCUGGCCGUCGCUCAUGCGCAUGCGAGCACAGUACCUGCCAGAGGAGUCCCGAUCCACCAUCAUGAACUUCUUCCGCGUACCCCUCAACGUCUUCGUCUGCCUCGUUCUCUACCACGUGCGAGCCUUCCCAAUGACGGCCAUGUUCCUCAUGUGCUCGCUCUUCCUCGCCAUCGCUGCUCUCCUGCAGCGCCGCCUGCUCCACCUCGCUCUCAGCGCCCUGCCCCAGG